GCUGCGGGCGGGGCGGGGAUAAGAUGGCGGCGGUGCGGGCCGUGUGCGUGAUGCGGGGCGAGGGGGCUGUGGAGGGCGUCAUCCACUUCGAGCAGCAGGGUACGGGGCCGGUGAAAGUCACGGGGAAGAUCACUGGGUUGGCCGAUGGAGAGCACGGCUUCCACGUCCAUGAAUUCGGUGACAACACCAAUGGCUGCACCAGCGCUGGUCCCCACUUCAACCCCGAGCGGAAGCAGCACGGGGGUCCCGGCGAUGCCGAGAGGCACGUGGGAGACCUGGGCAAUGUGACAGCCAAAGGGGGCGUGGCCGACGUGGAGAUCCAGGAUUCCGUCAUUUCGCUCUCGGGACCACACUGCAUCAUCGGCCGUACCAUGGUGGUGCACGAGAAGCGGGAUGACCUGGGCAGAGGGGGAGACAACGAGAGCAAGCUGACUGGGAACGCGGGGCCCCGCCUGGCCUGCGGGGUCAUCGGGAUUGCCAAGAGCUAAGCCGGGUACCUGGGGCGCCCUUCCGUUGCUGCUCUCGCCCUCCUCCCUCGUGCAAGCUCAAGAUCUGUCAUUAAUCUCCUGCUCCUCUGCAUCCCGAGCGGCGCUCACACGUUGGAGACUGACCGAGUUUUGUAUGGUGUACGUUCAAUUAAAGUGUCCCUGAAUGGAA